AUGCCCAACCUCCUCUCCAUCGACGUUUCCGUCACCGACAACCGCAUCCGGCUGGCCUUCUCAGACCGCGCCGUGGCCGCGGCCUACGCGGCUUACCUCCGCGCCCAGGACCUGCAACCCCCGCAGUGCCAGCCCGUCCCGGGGUACACGCGCGCUCCGCAGCUUCACACCGCCACCAGGGAGGUCAGCUUGUCCCUGCCCUACUUCAUCACCUGGUUCAUCACAUGCCGCCUCCCCGACGACGAAGACAGCGUGACCUUUACCUUUGUCGACGCGCACGAGCGGUAUGCGUCGCGAUGGGCCGAGACGAUGCUGCUGUUUGAGCCGAUAGUGCUCCCGCCGUCGACGCGGCGUUCCAAUUUCAAGUCGUCACCACCAUCAUCGCCCCGGCACAACCAUCUCUACGGUGGCGACGAUGAUAGUGAUGUAGGAGGCCCUGCUGCUGCCAAGCAGUUGCAUGUGCGACGGCUGUGGAAUAGGACGCAUCUGCUCAAGCGGCUUGAGGAGUUGCGCCGG